AGCUGGUUAACAUAGUGUAGUUAAUCUCAAUCAAUAAAUUUAAGGUGACGAAAUGAGCUUCCCUGCAAAUAUGGAGUCAGAAAAUAGUCAACCUUCAACGUCAACAAUGCGAUCGGUCAUCAGUGUGCCCCGUCCUGGAGUUGCCAUCACCAGCGGAGCCCUAUUGCUUACGAUGCCCAUUGGCCGUCGCCCCCACAGACAGCAAUACUGUGGGCUCUUCAAGGGGUUAUCACCAAUACAACGCCAGAAAAUAGCACAGGCGCAUGGGCAUUGCCAAAAUUGUCUGGCGCCCACGCACGCAACUCAUGAAUGUUACUCAGGGGCUUUGUGCCACAUCUGUGGCCGGCAGUAUCACACGCUGCUCUACCGCACUUCGAGGCGCGCGUUCGGUUGGCCACGUGCACCUCGCAGCCGCGGCACAACCAGACCGCAGCAAAUCAGCCGUGUGGCACGUCGCCGAAGACCGGCACCUCCCCGUGAGUCUCGUCUAUGGCGUCAGCGCAAUGCAACAUCGACAAGGCGUCAUCAAAGGCCGCAACAGCAACAUUUGGGCUCAGCAACGUAGCAGCAGCGUCAGUGACUGCUGGGCUGAAUAUUCGCCUAGGGGGCCGGGAGGGCUAAAUGAGUUAAGCUUCCCGCCCUCACGCGCCAGUACACCACACAACACACCACUCACACGCAACACUGGCACAUACACCACACCUGAAGACAGCAGUUUCUCCACACAUCCAUUGGAAGCAGCAGAAAACACCACACACACACUAAUACACGCAGCUACUAAUCCACCACUGCUCAAAGAGCAAGAAGCUUCGUCCUGGAAGUGAACGUUUUUUUUUUCGACCACGAACUUCGAUACGUAAACAUCGGCGGACAUUAUAUACCUUUUUGCGAAAACUCGGCACGCAGCUCAAGCAUCUUUCUGCAUUGCUUCGUAUAUUCGGCAGUUCAAACGUUAUUCAUCAUCUGGUGAUCUUCGACGCGCAGUACCUCCACCAGUA